AUGGCAAACUCUCCUCACGGCGGCGUCCUCAAGGACUUGUUUGCUCGCGAUCUGCCCCGCCAGGCUGAGCUUCGCGAUGAGGCAGAGAAAUACCCCGCCAUCGUCUUGACAGAUCGUCAUUUGUGCGAUCUUGAAUUGAUUCUUAAUGGUGGCUUCUCUCCAUUGGAAGGGUUCAUGACCGAGAAGGACUACAAUGGAGUGGUCGCGAAUAACCGUCUGGCCGAUGGUGCUCUUUUCAGCAUGCCCAUUACUCUAGAUGUGGACCAGAAGCAGAUCGACGAACUUGGUAUCAAGGCUGGCGCGAAGCUGACGUUGCGCGAUUCCCGAGACGAUCGCAACCUGGCUAUUCUGACUGUCGACGAUGUUUACCGGCCAGACAAGGUCAAGGAAGCCAAGGAGGUUUUCGGCAGCGAUGACGACACCCACCCUGGUGUCAAGCACCUCUUCAGUGCUGCCAAAGAAUUCUACGUUGGAGGCAAGCUCGAGGCCGUUGCUCGUCUGGAGCACUACGAUUUCCUCGACCUUCGAUUUACUCCCGCUGAGCUCCGAUCUCAUUUCAACAAGCUAGGCUGGCAAAAGGUCGUCGCUUUCCAGACCCGAAACCCUAUGCACCGUGCCCACCGUGAGUUGACGGUUCGCGCUGCCCGCUCUCAGCAGGCUAAUGUCCUGAUCCACCCCGUCGUGGGCAUGACGAAGCCUGGUGAUAUCGACCAUUUCACCCGUGUCCGAGUAUACAAGGCCCUGCUGCCCAGAUAUCCCAAUGGCAUGGCUGCUUUGGCUCUUCUUCCCUUGGCUAUGCGUAUGGGUGGACCUCGUGAGGCGUUGUGGCAUGCUGUCAUCCGAAAGAACCAUGGUGCUACCCACUUCAUUGUCGGCCGAGACCACGCCGGUCCUGGCAAAAACAAGCAAGGCAAGGACCACUAUGGUCCUUACGAUGCCCAGAAGUUGGUGCAACAGUACCAAGAAGAGCUUGGCAUCAAGAUGGUCGAGUUCCAGGAGAUGAUCUACAUCCCUGACAAGGACGAGUACAUGCCUGCCAACGAGAUCCCGGAGGGUACCCGAACCAUGAACAUCUCCGGAACUGAGCUGCGAAACAGACUCAAGACGGGCAAGGAGAUUCCCGAGUGGUUUUCUUACCCUGAGGUUGUCAAGGUUCUCCGAGAGCAGAACCCAUUGCCGCGCGAGAAGGGCUUCACAGUCUUCCUGACUGGCUACCAGAACAGUGGCAAGGACCAGGUUGCUCGUGCCCUGCAAACGACUCUGAACCAGGGCGGCGGCCGACCAGUCUCCAUGUUGCUUGGUGAGACGGUCCGAUCUGAGCUUUCCCGAGAGCUGGGUUUUAGUCGUCAGGACCGUGACUUGAACAUCUCUCGUAUCGCUUUUGUCGCAUCUGAGCUGACCAAGGCUGGUGCUGCCGUCAUUGCCGCCCCUAUUGCUCCCUUUGACCAGGCCCGUACUCAGGCCCGUGAGCUCAUUGAGAAGUCUGGCCCCUUUUUCUUGGUUCAUGUGGCCACUCCUCUUGAGUACUGCGAGAAGACUGAUCGCCGUGGUAUCUACAAGCGUGCUCGUGCUGGUGAGAUUAAGGGAUUCACCGGCGUUGACGACCCUUAUGAGGUCCCUUCUAAGCCUGAUCUGACCGUGAACCUGGAGAACCAGAACGUUCGUUCCAUUGUUCACGAAAUCAUUUUGCUGCUGGAAAGCCGUGGCUUGCUGGACCGAGUAUAA